AUGUCACCCGAAGGCGAUGGAAAUCUCUCGGUGAUGUCUUUGCAGGAGUUUGUGCUGGAUGGAUUUGAGGGUGGUCCACAGACCCAGGCCCUGCUCUUUGCUCUGUUCCUGGCCCUGUAUGUGGUGGCCGUCCUGGGGAACCUCACCAUGAUGGUGGUCAUCAUCCUGGAUGCCAGUCUGCACUCCCCAAUGUACUUCUUCCUCAAGAACCUCUCCUUUGUGGACCUGUGUUACUCAUCUGUCAUCGCCCCUAAGGCCCUGGCCAACUUCCUGUCCUCCUCCAAGGUCAUCACCUUUGAGGGAUGUAUCAUUCAAUUUUUCUUUUUCUCCCUACUGGGCACCACAGAGGGUUUCCUCCUGGCCGUGAUGGCCUAUGACCGCUUUGUGGCCGUCUGCAGCCCCCUACACUACCCCAUCACCAUGUGCUCCUCGGUGUGUGCCCUCCUGGUGCUGGUCUCCUACUGUGGGGGCUGCCUCAACUCCGUCCUGCAGGCCAGCUUCACAUUCAGCCUCCCGUUCUGCAGCUCCAACCACAUCGACCACUUCUUCUGUGAUGUGCCGCCUCUGCUCAAGCUGGCCUGUGCUGACACUACGACCAAUGAGCUGGUCAUGUUUGGCCUCUGUGGCUUCUUCAUCGUGGGCACCACACUCGUGGUCAUCGUCUCCUAUGGCUACAUCACAGUGACCAUCCUGAGGAUGCGCUCAGGAGGAGGGAGACACAAGCUCUUCUCCACCUUUGGCUCCCACAUGACAGCCGUUUCCCUCUUUUAUGGGACCCUUUUUGUCAUGUAUGCCCAGCCGGGAGCUGUGGAGUCCUUGGAGCAGGGCAAGGUGGUCUCGAUCUUCUACACCCUGAUCAUCCCGAUGCUCAACCCCCUCAUCUACAGCCUGAGAAACAAGGACGUGAAGGAUGCCCUGCGGAGACUGGGGCAGAGACACACAGCCACGUGAAGGAUGAUGGCCAGAGAGACAGUGUCCUGAGAACAAGACAAGAUGGCUUCAUGGAAGGGACUGGAUUUGCUUUAAGAAAUUCAUUCCCUAUUUAUCUAACCCACUCUUUCAUCCAGUGAUACAUUCUACUGUUUAUGAAGCACAUGAUGCUCCACAAACUGCAAGUGUGAGAAAUAAAGAUAGACAAGGCAUCUUCAUUCCCACUAGAGAACUAAUGACCCAUGUUAUCCAAGACCUUAAUCUUGAAAUCUGAAAAGCACAGUGGGCAGAGUGAUUAGCAGAGAGUCUUUGAAACAGCAUGGGUAUCCCAAGUUCAACUUCCUCUGGUGAAGGUAUUAAACGACACAAACUCUGAUGCCUCUCUUUUCCCUUCAUUUCUAAAUCUAGGUAAUUAUGUGCUCAGCAAUCUCCCUGGACCACCUAGAAGAGGGGCCCUAGGACACUUGGCCUUGUCCCUUUCCUGGUGAUGGCCUGGGUCACCAGAGCCAAUUAAGAGUUAGGAAGACCAUGCUUCCCCACAAUCCUGCAUGUGCCUUCUGUUCUUCCACCUCCGCCUUCUGUUCUUCCACCUCCGCCUUCUGUUCACUGAUGCUGCCACUCAACAAGGCAACAGGGAACACCUGUGCCCCUGCUUCAGAGGCUCCUAGUGCUCCCUGUCCUGGGUUCUCCCCUCAGACAGAGGCUGGGAGCCCUAGGGAGACAGCGUGGA